UCUACGUACUACAUUAUCCACCACUCAAUUUUUGUGAAGGUUGUAAGAAAGUUUCUUAGGGCUUUAAAUUCUAAUUCUAUACAUAUUAGGUCGAUCGAUCGAUGAUUAGUCGAUUGAUCUUUCAAGAUUUUGAUCUUGACAUUUGAGUUCUUCUUGAGUUGCUUUUCUUGCAAGAGCUGAAGUCCUAGCUUUCUUGAAGUAGGAAUUAAUCAGGCUGUUUGGUUACACAUCCAUGGAAGAAGCAUAUGAAGUUGAAAUCCCGUGUCACUUUCUGUGUCCCAUCUCCAUGCAGCUCAUGAAAGAUCCUGUCACGGUCUCAACCGGGAUAACUUACGACAGAGAAAGCAUCGAGAAAUGGCUGUUUUCGCGCAAGAAUCCGACAUGCCCCGUCACGAAACAGGAGCUUUUUAACACGGAUCUGACCCCAAACCACACUCUCCGGCGACUGAUCCAGGCUUGGUGCACUCUCAAUGCAUUUGAAAGAAUACCCACCCCGAAGCCCCCCGUUGACAGAUCCCAGAUUGUAAAGCUCCUGAAUGAAGCCAAGAAUUCGCCGAAAUCGCAGCUUGUUUGUCUCCAGAGACUCAGAUCGAUCGCGCGCAGAAACGAAAGCGGCAAAAACCAUCUCCAGGCCGCGGGGGCGGUUCAUUUUCUUCUCUCCGUUGUAAGGAAAAACGAGGACGCCUUCUCCAGGGACGAAGCUUUGAGCCUUCUGCAAGAAAUGGAGUUGUCUGAUUCAGAUUUGAAGACAUUUUUGUCAGAAAAUGGAGGGAUCCUGGAUUCCUUGAUCCAAGUACUGGAAACUGGAGAUUGUCAGAACCGGACUGUAGCCAUGAUGUUAUUGAAAUCCGCAUUCUAUGUAGCCGACCCCGCAGAUCUGAUCGGGUCAAGGCCCGAGUUAUUCACCCAUAUAGUCCACAUUUUGAGAGACAGGAUAUCCCAGCAGGCCACGAAGGCAGCACUUAAGCUGCUGGUGGAGCUCUGUCCAUGGGGGAGGAACCGGAUCAAAGCGGUGGACGCCGGCGCCGUUGCCGCCCUGAUCGAACUCCUUCUUGAAACGGCCGACAGAAGGGCCUGUGAGCUUGUCCUGACGGUUUUGGAUCAGCUGUGCGGCUGCGCCGAGGGCCGGGCGGAGCUGCUGAGACACGGGUGCGGAUUGGCCGUCGUCUCCAAGAAAAUACUCAGGGUUUCUCACGCAGCAAGCGAGAGGGGUGUAAGAAUCCUGAGCUCGAUUUCAAAGUAUUCAGCGAAUUCCUGGGUUCUUCAAGAAAUGCUGCAAGUCGGGGUUGCGUCAAAGUUGUGUUUGGUGCUGCAAGUGGAAGCGAGUCUGAAGACUAAAGAGAGGGCUAAAGAAAUCCUGCGGUUGCAUUCUAGGGUUUGGAGGGAUUCUCCAUGUAUUCCUCCACAUUUGCUUACUUCUUAUCCAUCUACUUAGAUGAUGAUGAUGAUGAUGUUUUUUUUUCUUUUCUUAGAUUUUGUAAGAAAAUUGGACUGGAUUCGAGCACGAUGAAAAUGGGAAAUUUUAGUUCAA